GUUUUCUCUAUUCCCUCAGCUCCGUUCUCCAUCUCCGACUACUACGUACUAAGUAAAGUAGUUAGUCUAACUAUCAACGUGGCUUCCGCGCAAUCACACACCCUUCCGUCAUCGCACCAACAACACUCACUCACUCACUCCCCCUUCCUCUCUCUUUUCACUACUCAACAAAGAAAAACAAACAAAACCACCUUACUUCGUCCAAUUACUUACCUCUCCGUCACAAUCAACCAGUCCAAUUCCUCCCUGAAGCGCUAAACAACAACAACCACCUAAUACCUACUACCUACCCUCCACAAUGAUCACCGACGACGAGCUCCACCGUCUGGCCGUCUUCCUCGGCUCCUGCGCCAUGAUGAUGAUCGUUCUUUACCACUUCCUCGAGGUCAAUCAGAAAGAAGAUGACGAGGAGGUCGACGUCAAAAACAACAACAGCAACAACAACAAGCAACAACAAUCUACGGGCGCGUCGUCGUCGGCUGGUUCGACCACUACUACUGCGUGAAUUAGAUUUAAUUUGAUUUGAUUCGAUUCGGACUUGGAAUUGAAGUUGGGAUUGCAGGGGAUUGUCGCUAUUAUAAUUGUCGGUUGAUUGAUUGAUUGCUUGAUGGGUUUGGCCUUGGAAUGCGGUUUGGUUUCCGACUUUGCGCUACAAACUACUACAUGUAUGGUCUAUUGUUCCUGGGCGUGUGCGCAAAGGAGACAGACAGACAAGGAAGGAGGAAUUGGAUGGUGGCGAAAGUGUGGUGGAACAGAACAGAAAAGUGGCGAUGAAUAGAUACCCCGGUGGUCAUCGUCAAUACACUUACUCUUUUUUUAAAUCUUCUUUUCAG